AUGCCCCAGUCGCCAGAAGCUGAACUUUUUCUGAACCGCGUACUCGCCCUCCCUGAUGGACCCGUCGUUCUCGACGAUGUCCUGCAACCAUCUCUCGAGGAUGAGGCCGUGCUGCGUACUCUAUUCGCAACAGACCGGGACAACGCUCGUUUGCAAGAUAUCCAUGUCGGUCUGAUCGAUGUUUUUGAUGCUCCAUCGGGUAUUCGAACCACUCGCGCUCGUACUGUCAAGGAUGAAGAGGACCUCUCGGCCCAGCAUAUCAUGCCCCUCGCGGCUGAUGAUCGUCGUAAAGAAGGCAGCCCGUGCUCGGUUGAGGCAUUAGAAGACUUCAAGAAAAACUGGGCGGUAUUCACUGAAGGGUCACUCUCCGCUUUGCCUCUCGGAAAGCAUGGAUGGGACAAUGUGGUCGCUGCUGGCGGAUCUGUUCUGGCAUGCGUAGCUCCUGUUCCAGAUGAAGCGAAGACCUCUAAACGAAACAUGAGGAAGUGGUAUCACACGGAGAAAUAUCCGACAUCUGAUGUGGACUUAUUCUUAUACGGUUUGACUGCUGAGCAGGCUGAGGUUCGGAUUAACGAAAUCUACGAAGCUGUUAGGGAUAGUGUCCCAUGGGAUGUAACUUGCGUGCGCACGAAACACACGGUCUCGAUCCACUCCCAAUAUCCGUACAGAUCCGUGCAAAUCGUUCUGCGUCUAUACAGCUCUCCCGCUGAGAUCCUCGCUGGUUUUGACAUUGACGCGCCCUGCGUUGCAUACGAUGGUCAAACGUUAUGGGCAAAUCCCCGGUCUGUUAUUGCAAUGAUGCGGCAAUCCAAUACGGUCGAUAUGACUCGGCGAUCCCCCUCUUAUGAAGUCCGCCUUUGCAAGUAUGCCGCCAGAGGGUUCGAAGUCUAUGUCCCGACCUUGAAACGCCAGGACAUCGACCCCACAAUCUAUGAGCGUGCUAUUGGACGGGUCACUGGACUAGCUCGCCUCUUAGUAUUGGAGAAAUUAGCCGAUCCGGACGCGCGAUCUUCCUUUGUCGAGUACCGCCGGAAUCUUCGAGGAAGGCCUAACCAAAGCUCGUCUUAUCAUCGUAGGGGUUCCAAGUAUAAGGGCGAUCUGAAAGCCGAAAAAUCAAUUCUCGAUGAUCUUGCCAUGAACGACUAUGAUGUGACAAGCCUACAUAUUCCGUAUGGACCCGGAUGGGACGCGAGGAGGAUAGACAAGCUGAUAUACCAAACAGACUUGGGGAUGAACUCUCCCUUUAAUCCAAAGAACAAGAACCGCAGACUUCACCGACACCCUGCCUUCUUUGGGACAAUGCAUGAGUGCUUAGAGGAUUGCUGCGAGUGUUGCCCGGAACCCAUCGAUGAUGAUGAAAAGAAACUUCAAGAGACCGAAGAUGACACGUAUAUUCGUGGACGAAUCAGCUUCAUCGAGGAAGAUCCUGGUCGGCAAAGUAUGACUGGGUCAUUCAACCCCAUCGAUGUCGGGGAAUGGUGCGAACAAGCGUACAUAGGCCCCACGGAGAGGUUGUUCUCGGCCAUCGCAGCUGGCGAAAGAGCUAUAGUCAAGGCCCUGAUCGACGAACAAGAACAGCUUGACAUUGUGGAAGCUGAGGCGCUGAAAGCCGAAGCGAUCGAGGUUGACCGUACGGCUGACAACAAGAAAGGCGGCGACGCCGAGGUCGAGAAGAAGAUUUCCCAUAAGCAGCGUUAUGUCAAUCGACGUGACCACGUUGGGCGCACUGCUCUUCAUUUCGCCAUCUUGUGCAAGCGCGAAGAUGUUGCUUGCGACCUGAUAGAUGCUGGUAUUCGUAUCACUGCCCGAUUAUUUGAUGGCAGGACGGCGCUCCAUCUUGCGGCCCAGCUAGAUCAAACGGGUAUCGUCCAGAAGUUACUGAAGAAGAGUCAAGACAACGAAGUUACUGCGAUCAAGGCGGGCCUGUUGGAGAAACCGGAUGUUGUCAUGGGCGACGCAAGCGACACCAAGGUUCGAGACAGUAGCGAGGAUGACUGGUCAUCUGAGGGCGACGACGACGACAACGACGUGGAAAUGACUGACGCAGAGGAUGAAGACGACGAGGGCGAAGGCGAUGACGGUGAUAAGGCUCAGGCCUCUGGCAAAAAGGACGACAAAGGAAAUACCCCAGUAGAGGUGACCAACAGUGCUACAGAUUUACCGGAAGAUGAAGACGAUCUCGAUAUAUUGAAGAUCAACGAACCUGAUUGGGACCUCGCCUUCACUCCCCUUCAUUACGCGGCUCUAUAUGCCUCUGUGCCGGUGUUGGAUCUGCUUAUAGGUGCUCAAGCGGAUGUCACACUUGCCACCAAAGCGAAUAGUUACGAUGCACCCGCCUUCCAUCCCCUCACCCUAACCAUCAUCCGCUCCGACGCUAAAGCCGCCUCCUUGGUGGCUGAACGACUCAUCCGUGCGGGCGCGAAGUCAUCUGCAGCUGAUAACGUCUACUAUACAAUCUUCCAUUGGGCAGUUGCUGCAAAUCAGAUCAGGGUUGUGCAAACGAUCCUAGAACGCGACGAGGGUGCAAGUACGGUGAUCGAUUUUCCGCAGAUGAACUAUUCAGGCAUCGUCUUCCCGAUCAUCACAGCUAUAUCCAAGGGCAACUAUGCAAUGGUGGCCCUUCUGAUGGCUUACGGCGCAAAGCUGAGCUACAAGGAAGAGGAAAUCUCAGACCUCGUCGCCAAGGGGAAGGUAAAUUUCGGAUAUGCUGUUCACGGCCCCCUAUCUAAGGUGCACCAUCCCAUUGAAGUUGCGGUGGCUAAAUUCGACACGGUUACGGACAUCUUGCUGGCGUUUGGUGCUGAUCCAAACGUCUGGAUCAAGUCUAGCUUUGAAUACUCCAGCGAUGGAAAGAAGACCGUCUUGGAUUGGCUACAGGGUGCUAUCCCUUGGAUUGAUACAAGGAUCGCAGCCGAGGAACAGCCCCCGGCCGAGCCCCCAGUCGCUUUCGCCACGAAAGGGUCAGUCUGGGAGACCUUCCUAGCCACCUACCAGGACUCCCUCCAAGAAGUGAGGAAGGCUCGACAAGCCAACAACGCCGUCACCGAUUCCUCUGAUCGGCUCCGAAACCUGAAGGAGAUCAAGAGUUACCUUGUCUACGUGCAAACACAAUUGAAAGGCAACGGUGCUAAGUUAGGGCGCGAGGUUGAUCCUCCACUCGCUGGCCAGACCCCGAUAAAGCUUGAAUUUGAGAGCGACACCGCAGUCACUGCCACUGCAGUGUAUGAAGAAGCCCCGUACGCUCUCAUAAUCGAUAACUACUAUAAUGCACCGCCAGUCCCAAUGGCUCUCAAGAAGAGUUAUGAUGAACUCUACGAAGCUUGUCUCAAUGGUGAUAAUGCCAAAUUGGAAGAACUCUGCUUGCCACCCAAGAGCGGGAAGACGCAGUCACGCUUGCUCCAGAUUACGGUCACCAUGCGGGAUCCCAAGAACCACUGGCGCAAACAGGGAUUCACUCCGUUGUUUGCGGCGAUCCAUGCAGGGCAUUGGUCCACAGCCCGGCUAAUUAUGGCAAUCGCUACUGCUCAGUACAAGCCAACAGAGGAAGAAGAGAAGACAGAGUUCACAACGAAGAAUAUCCACCUUGAUUCUGAUGAUAGCGGCUCCGAGGACUCUGACGACAGUGACAUGACGGUUGACCAAAGGGAAUUCGAGUUUACAGACGUAGCCAAUCGUCCCUCUGAGAUCGAAUGCACCAUCAACCCCAAAGCACUGCUUGACAUGGCAUACGAAGGGGUCACUACGGACUAUGAAGGCAAACAGAUGGUUCAAGACAUUUCGUAUUUCGUCAAGGCUAUUCGCGCAAAAGACCUCGAGGCGUUCAAACACAUUGCGAGCAUGUACGCGAAUCUCAAGAAGCCCUCGCCCCUCGAUACGUCUUUGAUGGAUGUGAUUCUCAAAUACGACUGUCCCGAAAUCCUCGAAGAAUACAUCCGCCGAAGUGGCUAUGGUAUUGCCGUCAAAUUGGAUCCCAAGGACGAGGAGGAACUGCGGGCCUCAAACGACGGUGACAGAGUGUACCUCGGGUUGAACGUACAUGGCAAGAAGCGCGCAGACCUAGCUCGGAAGAACGAUCCAAACGCUCAGCAAAUUGUGCAAGACGAGACACCUCUCGUUUGGAGGGCUGCGGCAGCUGGUGCUGGUAACAUCGUAGAGUUCUUACAUGGAGACAAAGUCCUAGCGGCAUACCGCCACUAUGCGAGCUCUUACAAUGACGAACGCGCACUCAAAUUAGGCCGUUAUAAGAACCUCGACACGGCGCUUCCUGAGUUGUUGGGAUGGACUAUCAACGCCUUCGGUGAAUCUCCUCUAACGGCAGCGAUCAUAUCCAGGAAGUUAGAUAUUAUCAAGCGGUUGUAUAAGCUAGUACCCAAGCUCAUGUCCGAAGGGAUGAAACAGCGAAUCAAAUUCGUUGGCUUCAACCCUACGCAAAUCGCUAUUCACCGCAACUGCGAGCCACCCCUUGUGGAUUUCCUCCUUGCGAAUGGAGGCGUCGUCUUCGAUUGGCACCAAGGCUCGAAAGCCAACCUCUUUCACUAUCUGUGCGAACUUGGAGCCAUCGAGCUCUUCGAUUUCCUUACGAAGAAGCUUUCGCAAGAUCAGGUCUUGAGCGCCCUUGUGCAGCCGUCUAGAUCGACCUCCAGUACGCCCUUACACAUAGCAGUCGAUAAAGGGUACAUCCGGAUGGUCGAGAGAAUCCUGAACAUCUCCAGAGAAGCACUAACCAUCCGCAACCGAAACGGAGCGACUCCGCUGCAUCUUGCGGUCCACCAGGGACACGCCCGAAUUGCGAAGAUUCUCAUCGACGCUGGGCCACCAGAGCUUCUUGCGACCGAGAACGGUGUCGGCGAAACACCCAUCGAAACUGCGUCCCUCCGCGAAACCGUCUGGCGUACCCGAUCGUAUAUUUCAGCGCUGAAAGGCGACCCUAGUGGCCUCCCCUUCCGCAGCGUAGGGAUUCGACCCGUCUUCAACCUUGCGGAGAAAGAACGCACCGUUCCCGAACUCCGGGAGACGCUGACGGACCUCAUCGGGAAGGGGAAACUCAAUCCUAGUGAGAGCCGUACGCAGCAACUACUGAGCUUCGCGAGUAAGUUGGAGCAGACGCUCGAGUUGGAGAGGCGAAAAGCACAAGACGGGGAAGAACUGAAGACGGACUCUUGUGACAAGGAAGCCACGUUUAAAGUCGUUGCGGAGGCUACCGCUAAGCAUCACUUACUGCGGCAAUUAGUGCACCUGGUUGACGUUCAGAAGGUCGUGCUGGGUGGCAUGCCUGAAGGAAACGCGCUGGAAGUGAAGGAGUGGGCGGAAGACGAGCUGGAGCCCGAGGAAGACGAGGAAGAAGUCCAGAGGCGACGCUGCUACAUGCUACGGUUCAUUUCCGUUCAUGACCUAUAA